CUAAAGCUCCUGCAUGUAUUUGACAGUGACACCUGGUUCCAAAAUUAAGAUUUUUAUAAUUUUGUCUAGUACAGACUAGUCGAGAGGAGUUGAAGGCAGGCUAUAAAUGUAUUAAAAUAUAGAAUUUAAGAUUAAAUCAAAGUAACCAGGUCAUAUAAACCCUUGCUGAACAAAUUUAAGCCACAUUACCGAAAAGUUUCUAAAUAUGAAAAUACUCUCUGUGUCGUUUUAUAUUGGCACAACGGAGGCACAGUACGUUAUUUAUCGAAGACAUAGGCUAAAAGACAGUAAUUUCGUGGUGGCGUGGGUCAUCUCGAGUUUAAAAAGUCUCGGAUUUUUUCCCCCAUAUUGCAUUGCAGUUUUUUCUACUUCCUCUUUCCGCCAUAUUGCAGAACCGGCAUCAUGGUGCGCAUGAACGUUCUCGCGGAUGCUCUGAAAUGCAUCAACAAUGCUGAGAAGCGUGGGAAACGCCAGGUCCUCAUCAGGCCCUGCUCCAAGGUUAUUGUGCGCUUCUUAACCGUCAUGAUGAAGCACGGUUACAUUGGUGAGUUUGAGAUCAUUGACGACCACAGAGCUGGAAAAAUUGUCGUCAAUCUCACAGGCAGGCUGAACAAGUGUGGUGUGAUCAGUCCACGUUUUGAUCUCCAACUCAAGGACCUGGAGAAGUGGCAGAACAACCUGCUGCCCUCAAGGCAGUUCGGAUACAUUGUGCUGACCACCUCAGCUGGCAUCAUGGACCAUGAAGAGGCCAGACGGAAACACACAGGAGGCAAAAUCCUUGGAUUCUUUUUCUAAAAUGUAAACUGCAAAUAAAAAACAACCAGGGGAAA